UAAAUAUUUUGGAGAUCACACCAUGCCCACAGGCGUUCCAUAUGCACAUCUCAGCGUGCAUUAGGAACAUCUCCCAUGUUGGCAUUAGAUGUUCCCAAAACACGGUUGAAAUUUGCAGUGGGGCGCCGAUGUGAAUUCAAUGACAAAACCGAAAUUCCGAAACAUUCGUUUUGAUGGGCUCCAACGAAAUCCCGAAAAUUCUGUGUAACUGCUUAAAUGCCUCACACUUCGUCUGCAAGAAAACAUGGCGGAGAUCAAUCGGAAGGGAGUGGCUCUGUCCUAAAAUCGCAACGGGCCAAAAUGGGAGGAAUCGCCAACGACUCCGAGAAGAAGGGCUCGAGCAAAAGACUUAAGGAUGUUGAGAUAAGUGUUCCAAUAGUCUAUGGAACUGUAUCAUUCUGGCUUGGUAAAAGGGCGAGUGAGUAUAAUUCGCACAAGUGGACUGUCUAUGUUCGUGGGACAACAAAUGAGGACCUGGGAGUAGUGAUCAGGCGUGCCGUGUUCCAAUUGCAUACCAGUUUUAAUAACCCCACGCGGGUUGUGGAUUCGCCCCCAUUUGAGUUAUCAGAAUCUGGAUGGGGAGAAUUUGAAAUUGCUAUCACCCUUUAUUUCCACAGUGACGUCUGUGAUAAACAGUUGGACCUAUACCACCAUCUAAAGUUGUAUCCAGAGGAUGACUCUGGGCCUCAGUCGACCAAAAAACCUGUUGUCGUGGAAUCUUAUGAUGAGAUUGUAUUUUCUGAGCCCUCUGAGUCUUUCUUUGCUCGUGUACAGAAUCAUCCUGCUGUAAUUGUACCUAGACUACCUGCUACUUUUAACUUACCUCCUCCUGCACCAAUAGACAAUGUUAAUGAAAAGAAGAAAGGUGAUACUAAAGAUCAUACACUAAGUCAGUGGUUCAUGACUUUCUCAGAGGCAGACGAGCUACUAAAACUUGCAGCUGCUCGUCAACAGGUGCAAGCUUAUAUUGUUAAGCUCAGAAGACAGAUGAGUUUGAUUGAUGGGCAGCCUCAGCAAUCUCUGCCCACCUCUGGCCAUUGAAUGUACUUGAGCCCAAUAUCAUUGUGGGUUGCCUUUCAAACUGAUAUUCAUGGGGAUGUAAGAACACAGCACACUACCUACCCAAAUAAUAGUAAUGUGGAAUAGUUGAACUUACGUAAUCCCACUUUUACCCUCUGUUUUCUUUCAUCUCAUUAACGGCACAUAUGUAUAUUUUAUUUGACAGCAAUGAAAAGAAAAGAUACUAUCUUUUUUGUUCA